CAUGGAGAGCUUUUGUUAGAUUCAGUGUCAUUCCUUUAGUCUGUUAUUAGAUAUUCUGUAUUCUUUUCCCCCAGGAAUACGCGUCCCCUGUGUGCUCUGUUGCAGGAUCGAAGGUCAGGGUGUAUUGUCUUCAAUUGUUGUUUAUUGCUACCAAACACCAGGUGGUACAAUAGGGAUUGGGACAUGAGAGGGGUUCGCGUGCCAUGAAUGACCAUCUUGUUAAACUGUGAAAAUACAACAAGAUGGAUUCUGAGACGCCGGAAUGGUUGCAUACACAGAACUUCCAGUGCAAGUGGGAGGGAAAGAGAUUGAAAGGGUUAUCUGACAAACUCCCUGCGGCCAUUGAAGACUACCUGAGCUGGAUACGACCAAGCGAUUGGGGCGACGUAUUGGAUCAGAUAAGACUGGAAGUAGACCACUCUACUCACUUAGACACUUCGGUCACGUUCUCAAACAAUUGGUCAAGUGAUUCGGAGAAAAGUGACGAAGACAAGGAUGACGAUGAUGGCGGAUACGUUUACAGUAAAAGGAUGGUGUUUUGUGCCGGACCAAAUGCAACGGAUGAAAUUCGAUCCAUCCACUUUUUGCAGUUCCUCAAAAUGGCACUAGAGCAGCGUUCAGAGAGAAAAAUGCCUGACGUCGACGGGCAGAAAAAAUUUUGCGACUUUGUACAAAAAGUUGAAAACGGAGAACCAUAUGACAGGGACGAGGAAAGCAGCGAUGAUCCAGAAACAGAUAAAGAAGAUACAGAAGGCCAAGAACAAACCACACGCAAAAGGUUAAACUUGGACGACCCAGUUCUUCAACCAAUGCACAACAUUGACGAAGGAGCUAGCGGACCAAUGCAGUUAUCCAUAGAGGGAGGAGAUAAUGCUCGAGACAUGGAAAGGGUUAUUGUGGAGACCGCCACGCAAACAGAGAAACUACAGCGUAACGUGUGA